CACUCAACUCCUGUACAACUUGAACUGGAACAAGGGCUGCCACCACGGGCCAGGCUAGUCUCAACCAGGUACCCGAUCCAGUGGAGAUAUCUCGCGAGUAAACAGCCACAACACCGACAACAACUGAGAAACCACACCACAAAGAUGGGCUUCUUCAACCGUCAACCCCGCGCCGCGGAUGGUCCCGCACCGCCUGUUGCUGCUAGUGGCACUACUCGCAAUGAGAAGCGCGCUCGUCGCCAUGGCUUCGAGCCCUACACCAUGACCACCAGGCCCACCUUUGGCCAGUGGCUCAAGUACACCUGGCUCGACAUUCUCACCAUGGCCGCCCUCGGUGCCAUCGGUCUCGGCGUCUACUACGCCCACCCGGCCCCCUCCCGUUCUUUUGCCGUCCAGUUUUCCGACGGCGAAGUCGUCUACCCCCAGUUCGCCUACCCGAUGCGCAAGGAAAUCAUUCCCAUCUGGCUCGCCGCCUUCCUGGCCUCCAUCAUUCCCAUCUUCAUCAUCCUGUGCAUGCAGAUCCGCAUCCGCUCCUUUUGGGACGUCAACAACGGCGUCUUGGGUCUUUUGUACAGUCUCAUCACCGCCGCCGUCUUCCAGGUCUUCAUCAAGUGGCUUAUCGGUGGCCUGCGCCCUCACUUCCUGACCGUCUGCAAGCCCGACAUUACUCGCGCUACCAACACCCAGAUUGCCGAAAAGGGCUACUCGGCGCAAGGUUUCGCCGAGAUUUACUACACCAAGGAUAUCUGCACUGGUGAUCCGAAGGAGAUUGAUGAUUCGCUCGAGUCUAUGCCCAGUGGUCACUCCACCGCUGCCUUCGCGGGAUUCAUCUUCUUGGCCCUCUACCUCAACGCCAAGCUCAAGGUCUUCUCCAACUACCACCCCGCGCUCUGGAAGCUCGCCGCCGUCUACGCCCCCGUACUCGGCGCGUGCCUGAUUGCCGGCGCCUUGACCAUUGAUGAGUUCCACCACUGGUAUGACGUCCUCGCUGGCGCGGUUAUCGGCACCAUCAUGGCUUUCAGCGCCUACCGCAUGGUGUAUGCGAGCAUCUGGGAUUGGCGCUACAACCAUAUCCCCCUCAACAGGUCCAACCCGUUCCCCUUUGGCAGCCGCGACGACAUGGAGCUGGGCGGCGCUACUUUCACCAGGCAGGUUGGCUGGGGCACCAGCGGUGCUGGCUUCCCGUUUGAUGACAAGCAUGGCUAUGCUGGUGGUGGAUACGGUGGCUAUGGUGGUUAUGGUGGUGGACCAGCCAUUAACCGCAAGCCAGUUACUGGCAAUGGCGUUGGAGGUCCCUUUCACAAUAAUGGCGUGAGGGGUGAGCAAAUGGUUUAAGGAGUUCGUUUCCCUGGUGGACUUGAACGAAAAGGUGUGUUGUGAUGAAAACAGGAGAGAGUUAUCGGGAGGCGGAAGGAAGGCAGUCGAAGUUGCCCUUGCUCAUGCAUUGGUC